CAGUGCUCAAGAUGGAUGAAGACUUCUCCUCGCAGGUGAAGAAGAUUGGCAUGGCCAUGGGGACAUCCCUAUCAGACAAGGACAUUGACAUGCUGCCUUCAGACAUGAGGCACCAUGGUUCUUUCAACUACAACAGAUUCUUUGAGUACAUGCAGAAGUUCCAGACCUCAAGCCAGCAGGAGGAAAUCAUUCGGAAGUCCUUCCAGAUGUUGGACAAAGACAAGAGUGGCUUCAUUGAGUGGAAUGAGAUCAAGUACAUCUUGUCCACAGUCCCCAGCACUGGCCCUACGGCGCCCCUGACGGAUGAAGAGGCUGAGGCAAUGAUCCAAGCCGCCGACAAAGAUGGAGAUGGACGAAUUGACUUUGAAGAAUUCUCUGACAUGGUCAAAAAAGAGAAGAUUCCAAAGAAGAAAUAGAGAGAAGAUAGACCACCCCCCCACACCUCAGCUGCUCUUCACCCGAGUGCAUCCAGCCCUACUUACCUUCAGCUUUGAGAAAGUUACUGGGUUGUACCUGCACAUACAGUGGGCCAGCGAGCCUGAGAUGAGGAAGACACCCACUGGUGACCAGCACCCAGGCAGGCACAACUUUUAUCCUGGAAAACAGAAUGUU